CCAAAGUCAAAACACCUUUCAACCUUCGGCCCUUGGCCACACGCUAAUUUAGGCUUUAUGUAUUUACACUGUAUUUUGUACAUAAACAGAGCGCGGUGCCAGUCUUAUAAACAGCGUUUCGGGCAGCUGAGGCAGGAUGCGUAGUGCCCCUAGAACUCUCAGGACUUUCCAAAUCUGCAGCGUUUGACACCAGACAGAAGCUUGAGAAAGAAUGCUGCGCUUCACCGCGCCACCACGGGUGACGAUAUGCGGACCGGGCGGAAGCAUUUGGGUGACGAAACCAGUUCCCGGUGUUGCUGGCCUGGUUUCCGUGCUGCAAGUACCGGCGAGCAAGUACUCGGAAGCCGUUCGGGGCCCAGACUUCGCCGUGGUGGCGCUGGACCAGUCCGGCACGCUCCUCCUGACCAUCGAUACCCGGGGAAGCUUGUACUCAUAUCAGCUGCGUCAUAACCGCUUCAGCUGUCUGGACAAGGCGCAGAGUGCCGGCACAGCAGCUCUAUUUGCUGGUCCCCGCCUGGUGUUCGCUGCAUUCUCGGAUGGGUCAUUACGGGUAUACGACAUCAGCAAGAGCGCUCUGGUGGCCAUGUUCAGGGAGCACAGGAGCCCUGUGCGGCACCUGGCGCUGAGCCGGGAGCUGGAUGAGCUGCUCAGCACGAGUGUAGACGGGGUCAUGGUGUGGGACAUCAAGAAGCUGCGAAGGAAGCGAGUGCUGGGCAGCGGCCCGUAUGGCGCGGUGCAGGCGUCAUACACGCCUGAUGGGCUGGCAAUUGUGACCCAGUUCAAGGACGGUAGCUUUUACGUGUGGGCCGCGGGCAACUUCACACUGUUGCGCUCCUUCACACUGCCAUUGGGGCCCGCGCUCCGGCCCGCGCAGUCGGCCUUUGCGCUGAGCCCCGAUGGCCAGUGGCUGGUGGCAUGUGGGGCGGGCCUACCGCUGCUACUGCUCUACAGCAUUAUUGGUGGAGAGCUCCUGUACGGAGUGGGGCUACCGGCACCGCCCACCGCUCUGGACCAGGCAGCAGCUGGCCAGGCGGCAGAUGCUGCGGCGGCCGCGGCCGCGGCUGCGGAAGGUCAUGCGGGGGCGGCACAGCUGCCGCCGGCGGGCCAUUUGGAGGGCCCUGCGGCUGCUACCGCGCUGGCGGCCACACUGCCCAUGGCCGUCGGCGCCACGCAGGUGCGUUUCCUGCCCGAUUCGGCCACGGUGGCGGCACUGCUGACGGACGGCUCGGUGGCGUUCGUGGACGUGUUGGGCUGCCAGGCGGUGGGGUCGGUGCCGUACACGUUCCCCAACCGCCAGGACUGCAUGUUCGAUGCGGACGAGCGGGUGGAGCAAAUGGCGUUGGUGGCCAAUGGCAAGGUAAUGCUGUAUGACCUGGAGGCAACUCGCACCAACGUGCAGCCGCCUCGGCCGCUGCCCCGUGUGCUGCCGGCCCAGCUGGACGACCUGGCGGCGGCGGUAGCGCUGCAGAGCCUGCAGCGGCAGCAGGCGCCGGAGGAGCAGCAGCACAAGGCGCAGGCUACAGCGCAGCCUGUGCGACAGGUCGAGCAAGCCAGAGAUGCGGAACGGGCUGGAGGCAUGGCACGCGACACGCAGCGCGCACAGGACACACAGCGAGCAUCGCAAGGGAAGGUGGCAACGUCUGGCCUUACCGCCGCUGCCGGCAAGCGCAAAGCCGGCGCUCCAGCUGUGGCAGCAGGUGGGGGAGCAGCUGGCGCGGCAGGGGGCGUCGCCAACCGGUGGUCUCCACCGCGGCGCGGUGCAAAGCCAUUCGGCACGGUUGCGGCAGGCGGCCUAACAGCACCUGGUGCCGCCGCUGCGCCGCUGUCCGCCCCGCUGGGUGGUGGAGCCGCGGGCGCUGCCUCGGCAGGUGUGGCCCUGGACCGGUCGCGGCUGGAGUCGCUGUUGGAGGCGUUUGGCGAGUACCCUGCUAAGUACCGCCUGCUGAUCUGGGACUACCUCCUGCAACUGCCGCACAAUACGUCGGCCUUCUCCGCGCUGGCGGGCCUGGGCGCCCACCCCGCCUUCAAGGACCUCCCGGCGCAGCUGGGGCUGCCCAGCAGGGCCAUGGCGCAGCGCCUGGCCAGCACACUGUCGCAGCUGGCACAUUGGUGCCCCGUGUUCGCCGAGUCGUCCUUCCUGCCAGACCUGGUGUUUCCCUUCGUCAAGCUGUUUGCCUCCAGCCCGGGCCCACUUGGCACCGCGGACGGCGGCGCAGUGCUGUCGGCUGCGGCACUUGAUGAGCGCUGCUUUGAGACGUUGGCCACACUCAUUGCCGGCGGCUGGCUCCGCGGUUGGUGGGAGCGCUUCCCCCACCCCCCACUGGGGCUGCUGACGCGCCUGCAGGACCUGCUGGGUCUGCACGACGCGCCAGUAGCCGCCCACUUCAGCGCCUGCCGAGGCGGCUUCGCGGCAGUGGUUUGGCCGCACCUGGCCACCCUGUGGACCGAGCUGCUUAGCCGCGGAGACUGGAUGCGGCUGUGGGACCACUGCAUUACGGCCGGACCCGACCUGCUCUACUUCUUCAUCGCCGCCUACUGGGUCAGCCUGCGCUCGGGGCUGCUGGCCUGCGACACUGACCACAAACUGGCCAACUGGCUGGCGGGGCCGCCGCCCGUGGACGUGGGCAAGGUCCUGCGCACGGCGUACCUGCUGCGCGAGCGCACCCCUGCGGAGCUGCGGCCUGUGCCGGCUGAGUGGCAGCCGCUACCGCCCGGCCCCACCUACACCGACUUCAAAGGAUUUCCUGAGGCCGCCGUAGAGGUGUUUUCGGCUGAUCGCAAGCGCAUCCGGGACGCGGAGGACGCCAUCAUGCGCCGGCGCGCAGUGGUGUCGGAGCUGGAGCUGCGCACGCGGGCAGUGGCGCUGCAGGCUGCCUCGCUUUCCACCGAGCGACAGCAGCUGGCGGCGCUAGAGGAGGAGCGGCGGGGCCUGCUGCGGCAGCUGGAGGCGGAGACGGCGGCGGAGCUGGCCCGGCUGGACGAUCGCGCCAAGGAGGAGAAGCUCAAGCAGGUGGCGGCGGUGGAGCGGGCGUACCAGGCCAACCUGUUGGAGGUGCGGGCCACGUGGCAGCGCGAGCUGGAGUCGGUGCGGGCCGAGGUGGCGCACAAGCGGGCGCUGGCGGCGCAGCAGGUCCGCAGCCGCGAGGAGGACGAGCAGAUCAAGAAGCUGGAGUUCCACGCGCAGCAGCGCAUGUGGGAGCUGGAGGAGGACACACGGCGGGCGGCUCUGGCGGCAGCGGUGCGGGACGAGCUGGGGGCACAGCAGGCGGAGAUGGAGGCCAAGCAACGGGUCAAGCUCAAGGAGUGGGAGACAGACGAGGAGGCUCGGCGGCUGCGCUUCCAGGCUGAGGCGGCUCGCCGCUCCGAGGUGGCGGCCACCGCCGAGGCCGCGGCCGCCCGCAACGCCGCCGCGCGUGAGGUGCUGUCCAUGACGCUGGAGGCGGAGGACCAGCUGGUCAAGUUGGAUGGCCAGCGGCGGCUAAGGCGGCUGACGGAGGAGGCGGCGUUGGUGACGGCGGAGGCCCGGGCGGCGGAGGAAGCACGCGCUGCCGCCCGCGCCAAGGCUGAGAGGGAGGCGGUGCAAAUCCGCGCGGCGGCGGACCUGGCCUGGUUCGAGGCAGAGCAGCUGCGGCGAGAGCAGCUGCUCGAGGAAGAGAGGCAGCAGAUGCAGGCCAUGGCUGACGCCGCACGUGAGAAGCUGGCGGACACGGAGGCGGCGGCGCGGACCAUGGCGGCCCAGGCGGAGCUCCUGGAGCGCCGCAGGCAUCUUGAGCGACAGAAUGUAGAGGAGGAGGCACAGGUGCGGCGACUGCUGGGCGCCAUGGCGGCGGAGAGGGCGCGGGACGCCGGUCUGGUGGUCACACUGGAGGCCAAACAGGAGGAGAUGAAGGCCAAGUUAGAGCACGCGGCCCGUGUGGGCAGCCUGCAGCGCGAGGUGGAAUCCAGCGAGGCGGCGGCGGCGGCGGCCCUGCGCGCCCAGCUGUCUGAGCAACAGCGGCUUGAGUUGGCAGAGCUCAGGCGCCAGCACGAGGCGGCCAUGCAGCAGCUGGCCGGCGAACGGGAGGGGCAGGCCGCGGAGGCUGCCGCGCGGCUGCGCGCCCAGCUGCAGGCCCAGCAGGCAGCUGAGGUGCGGGACAUGACCUCCACCUUCGAGCGCAGCCUGGCGGACAUGGAGCGCGAGCUGCUGCUGGAGCAGGUACGGCUAGCUCGGAGCGCGGCGGCAGCCGCAGCCAGUUCUGGGCAGCACACCUCUCAGACGUCUUACUCCACCUCGGCCGCUGCUGCAUCGUCCUCCAACACCACAUCCGCCACAACUUCAGCUGCUGCCACCUCACAAGCGGCCGCUUCCACUGCUGGUGCUGGUGCUGGCGGCGUGGGAGGACGUGACGCCGCUCAGUCCCGGCCGGCGCCCAAUGGGGCACCUGGUUCGGCGGUGGGCGGGCAUGCUGCUGGGGGAACGGCAGCAGCUGCACGGCCGCAGACCGGCCCCAGCGGCUCUGCCGCCAACCUGCUGAGCCGGCUGCUGGCGGUGGAGACGCCCACCCGCACCUCCGUAAUGUCAGAGAGCGACUACACGCCCGGUUCCCUGCCCAGCACCACGGCCACGGCCACGCCCUCGCCCAGCCCCUUGCCUGAUGCCGUGCUUGGCAGGCGCUCUGCCAUCGGAGCAACGGCAGCGACCCUGGGGGGCGCCGCAUCUGGUCUUGCGCGCCGCGCCGGUGCGCCGCCUCAGCCUAAGGGACACCCGCCACGGUUUGGUCUGCCGCUGACGGCCGCUGCUACAGCGCAGGCCGCAGACAGAGAAGCUGAGCCACGGCAGAGAUCCGGCUCCACGUCUACCGGCCCCACCAGUGGCGCAACCAGUGGGAGCAACACCCGCGGAAGUAGCGGCAAUGGAAGUGGUGUUGGUGAUGACGCCAACGGAGAGGGCGCUGUAUAUGCUCUCAGGCGCGCUGGUGUCAGCGAAUCCAGCGGUCUUACUGCCACUGUCAGAGCCCGCGACGUUGGUGAAGCUACUGGUCCAGUAGCUGGAGCCAUUGGUGACGGGUGGCUGUCGCAAGCUGCCAGAGUGCAAGCAGCACUCUUCCCGACCACCCCCGCCACUGUCAGCGGCUCCACCACCUCUGCCUACACCGCCCCCAGCAGCAUCCUGCCAGCAUCCAGCCCGGCCUCCUCAGCCAGCAUGUACCUGCCCGGCCCCGGGCCCCUGGACCGCUCCACUGAGGCCGCCACUGCAGCUGCCGCCGCGGUAGGCAGCGCUGGGCGGGCGGCACUGGCGGUGCUGGAGGCGGUGUCCCCAGAGCGGCCCACGCCGGGCAGAGAAAGCUGGGAGGCGCGCUCGACCGGCAGGGGCGGCAGCCCCUCCAGUCUGAGUGGGGCACUGCGCCGCCUGGGUCUGGGUGACGACAUGAGCGAAUUGUCCACGGGGGCCACCAGCGCCGGGGCCACUGUCACAGCGGCCCAGGCAGGCGGAGGCGACGUCGACAUGAGCGUUGCCGUCACUCCAGGUCUGAGCCCGGGGCAGUACGGCAGUGGCGGCUCCAUGUCCUCUCUGGACACCACCCCGCUGCCCUCGCGCACCACCCGUGAGCUUGUGGCUGCAGCUGGCAGGUGGGGCGGCGCCGGACCCACGGACACGCCUGUGACCGCUAGCGGCAGCAGCAGCGGCGCUGAGGUGCGUGGCGGGCGGCCGCACGGCAGCGCACCGUCUGAGAGCGCUGGCAUGUUCAGUGCUAGCGCUGGUGGGGCGGGCAGCCAGCCGCUGGCAUCUGCAGGGACUGACGCGGGAGCAGGAGCAGUGAGCGGUGCCAGCUCGGGCGCCCCUUCCGCCAGCUUCAGCGGCAGCGGCAGCGGGGCCAGCAGGGGCAGUGGCGGCGACAGCGGGCCGGGGGCCAGUGAGUUGAGCUCACUGCAGCGGUCAGGGCUUCUGGGGCUAUCCGCACCAGCGCCGUCUGCGCCAGGCCCGCAUAGGGGCUCACAAGGCAGUAGCAGCAGCAGCCAUGAAAGCCGGCAACAGGGUCCUGCAAUGACAUCUGCGGCAUCCUCUUCAACUGCCUACACCGCUUUCACGCCAGCCACCAGGCCCGCAGUCCCAGCGAUGUCGGCGUCUGUACCCUCCGGCGGCCGCGUGUCGGGCGCAGUCAGCCACGCAAGUGCCUCCACCACCUCCGCCCCCACGCCAGUCAGCGCCUCGGCCUCCUCGACCUCAUCCGGCAAUGUUGCUCCAGUGUUGCCUGCAGCCCCAGCGGGGAGCGCCGGCAGUGCACGGAAUGACGAGACGGCUUCCGUAGCCGGUAGCAGUGCCGGCAGCGGCGCCCGGAGCGGUAGCCGUGCGAUUGCCAGUGCUGCGGAAGCCGGGGCCGAUGCAACAGCGCCUAGCCCCGGCCUGACCGAGUCGCAACUGCCCAGCCCCGGCCCCAGCCUGGGCCCGGACCUGAGUCCCGGUCUGGCCUCCACAGUGACCCUGGGCGUGAGCCCGCUGGCCCCCGGCUCGGCCUACAGCCCCAGCGCCGCCAGCUACCCGUACCAGUCCCGCCAGAGCAUGGUGCGCGGCAGCCCGGCCAGGUCGCCCGGCGUGUCCGAGAGCGGCCGCCCCUCGCUGCUGCAGACCUACAGCAGCGGCGGUGCCGGUCUGCCCUCACUGCCUGGCGGCGACCUGGACAUGUACAGCGCCGGCCUGGCCGCAGACUUCGCCGCCAGCACCAGACUGGCCAUGGCCAUGACGGAGGCGGAGAGCGAGGCGGCGAGGCGCCAGCAGCAGCAGCAGCAGCAGGCCGCCAGGUCUGCACGGCCGUCCUCGAGCAGUGGGGUCGCAGCCGGUGGCGCUGCCAGUGCCGUGUCCCCCUCACCCGACGUGGCAGAGCUGCUGCGGCGGCUGAGGCUGGCGGUGGAGGAGUCGCCCGCACGGCCGCUGCAGCCACCCGCCGCACAGGCGCCUGCACAGCCCCCCCGGCUGCGGCACCAGGAGGCGGCUGCAUCGCCCGCGCUGCUGCCACCUCAUGCUGGUGACCGGCAUGGGGCUGGCGGUGGCGGCCCCGCGCCCUGGUCAGCACACCCCAGUCCCGCGCCCAUGGGUUUCGGCAGUCGGGUGGAAAGCGCGGCGGGCAGCGCCAGCGACCUGUCACAGCACGUGGAGCGCAGCGGCAGUGGCGGCGGCAGCGGCAAUGGCAGCGGCGAUGAGCGGGCAGCUUUGGAGCCGGCGAGGCUGGCGGCGGCGGCGCCCUACGGUGCCAGCAGCGCUCCCUACCGGGCGCCAUCACCGCCGCGAGGCGCCCCGACCGGCUCGCUAGGUCCCAGCCCGCUGUCCCGGGCUCGCGGGAGUGGUGGCGGCAGUGAGGCGCCCCACUACAUGAAGACCUGGUACCCGGGCAGUCCUGCACCCGCAGACUCGCACAGCCUUCUUCCCAGCAGCACCGCGACACCACAGCAUGCGGGUGACGCGGCCGGCGCCGGCGGCUCCAGUGCGGGCGACCAGACCGGUGACCUGAGCGCACUGCUGCGUGGCCUGGGUGGGGCCAGUGCGCCGCUGUCCGACCUGGAGACCAGCCCGGGCGGCGACACGUACACACACACGUACACCGACAUGGACCUGCUGUACGGACACGCUGCUGACGUGGACUCGCUGCUGUACACUGGCUCGGCGGCGGGCGGGGCCGGCGAGACGGGUUUUACCCCCGGCUCCACGUUCAGGACGGAUGCGGACGAGACGGCCACACUGGAGGAAUUGGGGGAGGAGAUUGAGGAGAUCCAGCUGUGACGAUGCUGUGUGGAUAGGGGGACGACUAGCUUGGCAGUAGCUGCCUGGGAGGCUGAGCCCUGACGCACUGGGGCAGUACGAGCUGUGUGCCAGACAUCAGCAUUGGACCUAUAAAUUCU